AUGUUUCAGAUGUCUGUUUUAGAAGCUGCCUGUAAUGCCAAUCUUUUCUUCAAACACACGUCAUCUCUUUUACCUCCAGUUGCCAAUCCAACACGCAGUGUAAACAGCAAGGAAUCACCUUUCUCUGUUACAAAGUCCUGUACUUUAAUCUCAGAAGAUAGAUACAGACUUAAUGCCGCAUCGUCAGUUCCAGUAUCAAUUACAACAGCAACUAACAACAAAAACAGCAGCUCUAAAAAUAGGAGGAUUAAGAGCAGAGUGUGCAAUCUCCCCAACAUAACAUUACCCACCACUGAUCAGUCGUACGCAGAUCCGCUAUUGGGAGCUUCUUCGUCGUUCGUCCAGAGACUUCUGGAAAUGUCCAGCCUGCAGGAGAAAACAGUCCGUCAAGAGAAGAUCAAAGAACUCAAGAACAGGAGGCACGAAGCCUAAUCAUACAAUCUGAUGAUCAUACAAUAGACAAUAAAAGCGAUACUCAGCCAGAAAUCAAACAUAAAGCGUUCGCUAAAUUCAGAAUGUGGUCAGAAAGCCAAGACAUGUUUGUUAUAUGUGACUGCAAGUGUUCUUCUUUAGUUACAAAGCUAAUGUAGCUAAUUA